GCAAUCAGUACGACUUGGCAGCGAAGCCAGCAAGUGUUAGUUUGGCAUUUCGGGGACGGCUCUGCCGGGAGCCGCACGCUGCCCGCGGGCUGUCGAGUCAGCAGGGGCAAAGGCUGGCCGGAACGACGGCGACAGCGCAUGGUGCUCUGCGGGGCAGCAUUGAGCAGGCACCCGGCAGAGGGGCGGCAAGCAGAGAGCGCUGGCGCCUUCGAUCGCCACUUCCGCCUCCGGCACUGCCCCACUCCUCGGGCCGGAAGAGGACGGCGGCCGCCAUGGCGAGCCGCGGGCAAGUUUUGAAGCUUUUUAAAUCAUUACACAGAACUCGACAAGAAGUCUUUAAAAAUGAUACCAGAGCCCUUGAAGCUGCAAGACAAAAGAUAAAUGAAGAAUUCAGAAAUAACCAAGAUGAGACAUCUGAAGAGAAGAUAAAAGAGCUUCUGAAGAUAGCAUCAGAUGUGGAAGUGAUUCUCAGAACUUCUGUUAUUCAAGCAGUUCACACAGAUUCUGACAAAAUGCUGCUGAUACCCAGGAAAGCUCUGCUACAAGACAACACACCUUACAUUGAUAAACCAACAAAAAAGCAUGAAUCCUGAGGAUAAUAUGCCACUCUUCCUAGAAUAUCGAUAUCCUGUAAUGAGAUCUAUGAAAACCAGUAGUGGGUACAUGUUACAAAUGUUAAAAGCCAUUAAAUAUCAUUACCAGGAAAACAGAAACUGAAACCACGUCAUCAAUUUUUACUGUGCUGUGAUUUCAUCAUGCGUAUCUUCCAUGGAUGAUACUAACACUUGCUCAGAAACUCAAGAGGCACAGUUCUCUUGCACAUACGCUGCUGAAUUGUGUUACUUCAGCCAGGAAGGUUUUUAAUUAUUUACAGCCAUAAGAGAUUAUUUCCUAUCAAUCCUGGGCGUUUCAAAACUAAAUAUAAAUUAAAUGCUGUCCUUAAUCCUGGUAGUAUUUAUUUUAAAGUUUAUUGUAAAUCAUAUGCUGCUUUGAAGUAAUGAAAAAACAUACUGUGACUUUGCACCAAAAGAGUGAUUUCUGAAGUCUUCAUUGAACCAUACAUUAACAUACUGUAGUGUCUGAGAGACUUCAUAAGAUCUAUCUGAACAAACUCUUCAGACCUUAGAGUUUGGAGAGCGCGUGUAGUGGUUCUUUUCCCACACACCUUUGAAUGAGCAGGAGUGGCAGAGUUUGAGUCCUUAGAUUACAGUGGAAUGAGAAAACCCAGCCACAGCCAAACUAAGUAUGCUGGUUCAGAUCACAUGCUUCCCAAAUUUAAUGACUUUAUCUUGUGAUUAUAGAGUGACUUACUGAGGCAUUUUCCAGAGAAAAGAAGCUUACUAGGCACAAGUGAUCUGACUUGCCUAGAACGAAUUUAUGGUGAGUUUAUUUACCAAACUCUUUAUCAUUUGCAUUUUUUUAAAGGAAACAGUUUCUUUUUAAGGAAUUAGUCAGAUGUGUUCACUUCCAUUUUAAUUGGAACCAGAUACAGCUACAGUGGUAAUGUGGAAUCUUUGCUGCCUGAAUGAUCUUUGAAGGUCCUGUCCAACCACAGUAAUUCUGUUAUUUUGUUAGAUCUGUAACAGACUCCAUACUAGGAUCUAAACACCCUACACAGGAGUGAGGUAGCCCAGUAGUACUUCUAGGCUUUGUUUCAGGUUGCAGCAGUGCUGAUUACUUUUAAUAAGCCUCCAAGAUGUCAGUAUUACAUAUCCACGUGAGUUGUGAUAUGGCUUCCCCAAGUAAACUGAAAAACUAGUUUGGUGCGUACGGUCUGUUUGUCACACAGCAGGUCAGAGCAGUAGCUGCUUGCUGCAAAACUUGCCUCUGGCUGCCGGUUACAUUGUCAGUAACGCUUUCAACUGCACUGGUGCUCCCUAUGUUGUAGCUAGAAAGUAGCAGGCAAAUCAUUGGAAAGAGAAUGAAGUGAGUGCAGCUCUUGCUAUAUCUUACAGUCUACCUGCUCAGCUACAAAACAAGUGUCUCAGUCUGUAGGCCACGUGGUGUUCUAGGCCUCUUGUGGUAUUUAUUUCCCUAUGGACAAAGCAUAUUCUAUGCCUGGUUUCCCGUCCUGCUGAAGUCUGUUUACAUUGUAUUUUUUUUCCCCAUAAGGAGCUUAAGAGGAGGGGUAUACAGGAGAAACAAAAUAGAAGGUAGUUGUAGCUGUAAAGAUAUAACAGAGUUACAUUAAGUGAAGUGACUUAUUUUUAAACAGAAAUAAUUGAAUAGUGUUCUGGGAAGAGUACCAGAUUACACAACCAUUAAGACACACAUCACACGACACACUGGGAGUUGCAGGGAGUUAAUCUUUUGUGGACCCAUUGCUUUAGGCUAUGGGAGUAGUGUAUUAGUGAUUUUGUCUUUCAGAUUAAUCAUAGAAUCAUAGAAUCAACCAGGUUGGAAGAGACCUCCAAGAUGAUCCAGUCCAACCUAUCACCCAGCCCUAACCAAUCAACUAGACCAUGGCACUAAGUUAGGUCUUUUGCUAGUUAGGUAAAAUAGUGUUGUCUGUUAUAAUGUAAAAUAUGUACUAAAAGAUGUAUUGAUGUCAACAGUAGAUGGCAGGGUUUUACAUCAUGUUUUGAGUAAACUGCAAGUGGUGAAACUAUUUUCAUAUGACUACCACUUCAGUAUUGUUCUGCGGUCGUGUAUUUUAAGUUCUAAUUUUUAACAAGAAUUAACACAUUAACUGAAAGUCUGGAGAUGUCAACUUCUAAGAUUGGUUUGUGGAUUUCACAGGCAUUCAUGUGCUUCAGCUUACCUACAUCUUGUGUACUCAAAAAUACAGAAUGAGUUGCUUAAAUAAUAUGCACAACUGCUGCAAAUAAAGGACAUGGUAAAAACAAAA